AUGCUACCAUAUUUUUCACGAAAAUCAGUAAAUGAAGAAAAUACUUUAUCGAAUAUGACUGAUGAUGAACGUGAACGAAUGAAAGUUCUUGAGUAUGAACGUGGUUUAUUAUACGAUAAAUUCUAUAAAUUUGGUCGUGGUGCUGAACCAUCACUUGUCUUAGAUAAUUUUCUCUUUUUGGGCAAUAUUCAACAUGCAACUAAUCGAGAUCUACUUCAAAAAUUUGAUAUCAAACAUAUCUUGAAUGUCUGUGAUUUAAGAUUAGGACAAACAAUACAUGAAAAUUUUAAUGUAAUUCAUAUUCCAAUGCCUGAUGAACCUCGUACAAAUAUUAAACAGCAUUUUGAUCGAACCAAUGAAUUAUUACAUGGAAUUUAUGAAAAACAAGAACGAUGUUUAGUACAUUGUGCUGCUGGUGUAUCUCGAUCAGCAACAAUAGUACUUGCUUAUUUAAUGAAAUAUCAUCAUAAUACAUUAAAAGAAGCAUUUUAUUAUCUCAUUGAAAAACGUCCACAAGUAUGGCCAAAUGAAGGUUUUCUAUUACAAUUAAUACGAUAUGAAACUGAAUUACUUCGAACACGUGAAAUACCGAAAAAUAAAGAUGAAUCAAUUGAACAACUUCAAAAAGAAGAAAAUCCAAUUGAAACAUUAGUUGAAUUUGAAGAUAAACAUAAAAAGGAGUUGUAA